UCUUUACUCCCCCUUCUCCGCCUCCUUCACCCGGGAGUACACUUUGUAAAAGGGUCGUACCCGUGCCGAGCCGUUCCAAACCAGUCCAAAUCCCGCCGCGGCCCGCGCAGCCGGAGAAAACGGGAAGGAGGCGACUAGUGGACAAUCCCCCCCGCUUCCUAAACACGUCUUCCCUUUGCAUAACGCUUUCGGCUCCAGUAGCACCAAUGAACUGAACGGGGUCAAACCCGUUCUAGUCCCAAAGUAGCUUUUCUCGCACGAGUUGCCUGGGUUGGAGGCUUCAUUGCAGUUUCUCCCCCUCCGCCCCGCCCCAGUGACGCUUUUGCCCGGGAGGCCUGUUGAGUGUUUGGGCGGGCGGGCGGCCGGGGGUUGAGAGGUCAGGGGGCAGCCAUGGAUUUUCGAGGGAAGAAGUACGAGCGGGGCAGUAACUGGUCCGACCCGGAGGUGGUGGAGCUGCUGCACUUGUGGGCUGACGACUCGGUGCAAGCGGAGCUGGAGAGCUGCCUGAGGAACCAGCAUGUCUUCAACCGGAUCGCCGAGGUGCUGCGGGACAAGGGCAUCCACCGCACCGGCGACCAGUGCCGGGAGAAGAUCAAGAAGAUGAAGCUGGAGUACCGCCGCAUCAAGGACAACAGCAAGACCCCCCGCGGGGGCAGGACCUGGAAGUUCUACGACGUGAUGGAUCGGGUCCUAGCCUGCCGGCCUGCCCUUGCAUACAGCGCCUCCAACAGCAACAGCCUCACGGCUCAACAAGUGCUCCAGGGAAGUAUGGUAGAAACCUAUCAUCCCCAUUUGGCCCCCUCGGGGAUGCCCUUUCCCCACUCUCAACCCCCGGAACUGAUGGAGAUCAAAUGCGAGGAGGUGGAUUCGGAAGAGCGGUGCUUGACGCCAGAGCCUCCACCUUCUCUCACUUACCAGCAGGUGGGCUCUGCUGAGGAGCCGGAGAUAGAAAGGGCCUUUCUGACUAGGUCCCAAAAUGACUCGCCCAUCUCCAGGGUGGAGAUUCCCAUUGAGACAAGUCUCUCGCCUUCAGGUUUUAGUGAGCCCAACAUGGCUUCCUCAUCCAGAAUCCAAAGUCUGGGGCCACGGCCUGGUUUUUCUACCUUGCACCGCUUGCGGAAGAAACGAAAAGCCCAACGGCUGAAGGACCCACUUGAUGAACUCUUGCUGAAGAUGUUGACAGCCCAGAGGGAAAUGGAGGAACGCUUUCUUCAGAUGGAAGAAAGGCGACUGCAACGAGACCUGGAGGUGGAGGAACGGCAGAUACAACUGGAGCAGCGACGCUUUGAACUGGAACGAGACCAUGAGUUCCGCAUGUUCAGUGUCUUUGCUCAGAUGCUCAGCAUCUUAAAACAGAACAAUAGUGGCUCCUCUUCAAGUGGGCUUCCCCAAGGAAUGGACUUUAGCCACGCCUUUUCUGGCACUUCAGGAGGCCCACAGGAAAUAAGGACCACACAAUUAGGGCAGUCAACCAACAAGUACAGUUUCUAUAACCGUCGUGAUUUUCAAAGCAGCCCGUACCUUUCUGUCCGAGGCAACAUUGCCAGCAUCUUCCAUGGAUCAACAGAAGAAGGAUACAGGGCCUAUCAUGAUGACAAGUAUGAUGAAGACAAAAAUCCCAAUGGCAUCAUAAAUUUUGGUACUAGUGAAAACAAACUUUGCUUUGAUCUGCUGUCCAAGCGGCUGACACAAAGUGACAUGAAUGUCAUUGAGCCCCCACUGCUCCAAUACCCUGACUGGAAAGGACAUAUGUUCUUGCGGGAGGAAGUCGCUCGAUUUUUGACAUAUUACUGCAAGGCACCAGCACCUCUGAAAGCCGAAAAUGUAAUUGUACAGAAUGGCUGUGGCUCUCUGUUUUCUGCUAUAGCUACAGUUCUCUGUGAUCCUGGGGAAGCCUUCCUGAUUGCUACCCCAUUCUAUGGAGGUAUCACCGACAAUGUGUUUCUCUAUGCGAAUGUCAAGCUGGUCUACGCCUAUUUAGACAGUCAGGUGUCUGGCACAAACACGCGUCCCUUCCAGCUUACUGUAGACAAGCUAAAGAAGGCUUUGCAGGAUGCACAGUCAGAGGGUGUCAAAGUAAAGGCUUUGAUUCUUCUGAACCCACAAAAUCCUCUGGGGGACAUCUAUUCUUUCUCAGAGCUUACCAAGUACUUGGAAUUUGCCAAAAGGCAUGAACUACAUGUGAUUGUAGAUGAGAUCUACAUGCUGUCGGUUUUUGAUGAUUCUGCCUCUUUUCAUAGCGUGCUGGAAAUGGACAGAUUACCUGAUCCACAGAGGACCCAUGUGAUGUGGGGAAUUAGUAAGGACUUUGCUAUCUCUGGGAUUCGUUUUGGAACCCUGUACACGGAGAAUCAAGAUGUUGCCAAUGCCAUUGGUUCCUUGUGUUACUUCCAUGGGGUCUGUGGGCCUGUCCAGUACAAAAUUGCCCAGCUACUCCGAGACAAAGACUGGAUCAACCAGGUAUACUUACGGGCCAACCAUGAAAGAUUAAAAGCUGCCCAUACAUUUGUGACAGAUGAGCUCAAGACUCUUGGGGUUCCCUUCCUGAAUCGCAAUGCAGGCUUCUUUGUAUGGAUUGACUUUCGAAAGUACCUGAAAAGGCAAACCUUUGAGGAGGAAAUGCUUCUGUGGAGACGCUUCCUGGAUAACAAGGUUCUGCUAUCCUGUGGUAAAGCCUUUGAAUGCAGUGAGCCUGGCUGGUUCCGCAUAAUCUUUGCUGACAAAACACAUCGGCUGCAGCUAGGCAUGCAGAGGGUUUGCGAGGUCCUAGAACAAUGUGAACAGGAACUCCUGAAUGAAGAAAGAGACCAGACUUGCCAGUCUGAUUCAGAGGGCAAAGCAGACAGCACAGAUGAAGUGAUAUUUGUGUCCCAUCACCAAGAACCAGUGUCCUCUGCUGGCUGUAAUCUUAGCGACCUUAUUGGCCUUCUGCAGCAGCAAAUGCGUUCAUCUGACUGGCUGCAGAAAAAUACAGUGGAGCAGUUUGCACAGGAGAAACCGGAGAUCUAUGACGUUUUCAGCAAGUUGGUUGGGAAGCAGUAGAGAGCUUUGAUGGAUCUGUAUGAAGACUAUCCCUGGAAGGUCAUUAUGUCUGGGCUUCAACUUGCAGCCAAGGAUAUGUUUUCUAUAUAACAUGCAACCAUUUUAUACAGCUCCUUCAUUAUCGUCAUUUGGGAUGUGCUUCAUUGAACUGGGCCAUGUACAGAGGGCUAACUUUUAUUCUGCCUCUAUCCCCUGUGCUGUAUUUUAUAUUCCUGUUUCUAAUGAAUAGGUUUGACCUCUAUCAUAUGCAACAUUAUGGUGUCUUUUUGUGUGUGUGCUGUUUCUGGUUUCAUCCUGUCUUUUUCUCGAGGGAAAGAUGCUUACUGCUGAUGAUUCUGUGUGUGUGUGUAUACCUGCUCCCAACCAGAAUGAAAUUCAUCUGCAACAAAUUUUGAUCUACAUUUGAAUAUUGCCCCACAAAAGGUGCUUUAAUUCAGUAUGUAAAGGCUGGUUCAAAGAUAUAUUGGCUCAGAUAACCUACUGCAGGUAAAUAGCAAGCUUUUAUAAGUAUCUCGUGUAUAUACAUUGCCCUGCAACCUCUUCUACUCACACUUGAUUUUCUGGUAUAAGCUUUAAUUAUGGUUAGCUUCUGGCAUGGCCAUAUUUAUGGUAAGUCCUUCUGAAAUUAACCACAGUUAAUAUUGAUGAGAAUUUGAUUCCAAUUGGCAUUUGAAGCAAACCCUGAUUAGCUUUAACCACAAUAAUACCUCUUAUAAAGUUGUUUCAGUUAAUACUCUUCA